AUGGCAAGAGUAACUACUGAUUUCACAGAUGCUGAUAUAUCUAAACACGUCUUUUUGAUCAUUUUACUAGUCCCAGGAAUUGAGUGCAUCACCGGCAUGAUUGGGAAUGGCUUUAUCAUGACCACGAAUGCUGUUGAGUGGUUCCAAAAUAAAAGACUCUCCACUAGUGAUUCCAUUUUGAUGAUUCUGAGCUGUUUGAGACUCUUGCUACAGUUCUGGAUGAUGGUAGAAAAUACUUACAGUUUACUUUUCCGAUUUUCUUACAUUCAAAAUACAGUGUAUAAUACUUUCAAAGUCAUCUUCAUGUUCCUAACCUAUUCCAACCUCUGGUUUGCUGCUUGGCUCAAUGUCUUCUAUUGCAUCAAGAUUGCCAACUUCACCCACCCCCUGUUCCUUAGGCUAAGAUGGAGAAUCACUGGAUUAAUGCCCUGGCUCCUCUGUUUAUCAGUCCUCGUUUCUCUGUGCUGCAGUCUUCCCAUUUUAAAGGAUGUCUAUAAUAUUUAUGUUAACGCUUCCAUCCCAGUUCCCUCUUCUAAUGCCACAGAGAAGAAAUACUUUGCAGAGACCAAUGUGGCUAAUUUUGCUAUUAUCUACAACCUGGGCAUUUUCAUCCCUCUAAUAAUGUUCAUCUCUGCAGCUACCCUAUUGAUCAUCUCUCUCAAGAGACACACACUACAAAUGAAGAGUAAUGCCACAGGAUCCAGAAAUCCCAGCAUGGAGGCUCACCUGGGGGCAAUCAAAGCCAUUAGUUUCUUCCUUUUCCUCUACAUUUUCAACUUUGUGGCUUUGAUCUUUUAUAUGUCCAAUGUCCUUAAUCCCAACAGCUUUGGAAUUAUUUUGUGCAAAAUUAUCAUGGCUGCCUACCCUGCUGGUCACGCAGUUCUCCUGAUCUUUGGCAAUCCCAAACUAAGGAGGAGCUGGAAGAAGCUUCAACACAAUGUUAAAUUCAACCUAAAAGUUUGGAAGUAG